AUGAGUGGUUUACCACGAGAAAUACUGAAAUGGAUGCAAAGCUUGGACCUUUCUCACCCGGUUAGAAAUACCAGGAGGUAAAAAGAAGAGUAUUUUAACUAUACGAGGCUGGAUACGUUUUGACAACUUUCAUCACUGUUUUGAUCAUUUGUUGCCUUUUGCAUUCCAAACAGGGAUUUUUCAAAUGGAUAUCUAAUAGCAGAAAUCUUUUCAUGGUACUAUCCACAAGAAAUUGAAAUGCAUUCUUAUGACAACGGAACAUCAUUGCCGAGCAGACAGGGAAACUGGUCGCAACUGCAAAGGGUAAGAAUCCUGGAGCUCGCAAUUUUUCUGAGCUUUCUGAAAUAUAAGAAUUCUUCUUCUUCCAAAUUAAGUUAAGCUUAUUUCAAUAACACAAAAAAAUUAAACUAGCUAAAAAUUACAAAUGUUAGCUCAUAAGACCUUUCUAUGGUCUUACAUAAGUAGAUUUAUUUUCUUAGCAUUCCUGAAGGGACCAGAUCAAGAAAAAGAGUAAAGAAACCUAGAGAUCACAAGAGUUCUCAUAUUGUUCAUGAGAGCCUCCUUAGAUUAAUCCAAGCCUCUCAUUGCAAAAUUUACCAAAAGAAAUUUGGUGCUGAUACAAAAGCUACUGCAUAUAAAGGAAAUAAAAAUAGCAUAUAUAUAAUUUAUUUGGAAAGGAGGAAUUUUGAAUAUGCAUAAUUUAGAGAAAGGGUUUUCCUUGUAGGCUGAACCUUUCAAAGCCUGAGUCACAGACAUAAUCUAAACCCAGUUAGUAAUGACUGUGGAGCAGGUUGAUAUCCUUCUUCUGGGUCCCCAUUGGACUCAACAAAUUACCAGAAAUGCGUUUUGAAUUUUCCUUCAAUCUGAUUGGCAAAUCAACAAUGGCUUUUUUAACAUGCCAGUCAUGGUGCAUACUCAAAUCCUGGUACACAGGUGGAGACCCAGAACAUGAAUUUCAGUGCUGGAUUGCAGAUUGACUUAACCAGAAGCUUCUUCCCAUCUGUGGCACAGCCAAAACCUUUCUAAAAUGUAAAUUGGGCUUCAUUUAUGUUGAUUUACUUCUGGUCUCUCAUCUAUUAGUUUUUUCAGCGACAUGAGUUUGGUAUUCCCAAGGAAAUUAUAGAAGGGACAAUUCACUGCAAGCCUAAUGCCGCUUCUCUUUUGAUGGAAAAGAUUUACUCUCUCUUAACAAAUAGAGUGUAAGUAGUGAUGCUUCUUAGUUAGGCUUUUCAAUGUUCCUGGAAUCACUGGGCUGUAUACCAGGGGUGGUGGGCACUCCAUUAUUUGGCCUAAACAGGUAUGUACCACUGAACAGGGUAUGGUUUGCAGGGCAUUGACUCUUUACGGGUAUACAGUUUCACUAUUUAGUGUCUUUGGGGUGUGUUUUUGGACUGGAUGCCUCUAAAGGUGAUGUUACGCGGGACGAUUCGCGACGACAACUUUUAGCCCAACACAGCGUUCCAAUGUUGGAACAAUGUUGUAACCAUUCAAAACAAUGUCACAACAAUGUUGCAAUGCUGCGUUGCACUAAAAAUCGUCGUUACGAAUCAUCUCGUGUAACAUAACCUUGAAAGAGUGUGAAGGUUGGGAAUGAAUGGUCUACAUAUGUAUGGUACCAGCUUUUUUUCAAUAAAAAUCUAAUUAUUACAUGUUAAGUUGAACAAAUGAAAAUGCUUAAAUCUGUAUGCCAAAUAAAAUGAACCAGGGUCACAAAAUAAGAUCUUUUGUCUUACUCAGAGUAGUGAAAACGAUUUUAUUUUCUUAAUAAACAAGGUCAGGGUUUGAAGGCCUUGGUGGCAAUCUCUACACAAACCUCCCUUGAGUGGUCCCCCCCCCCACCCCCGGAGAGGAUUACAUAGUAGAAGUUGCCAUUUCAGUGUUUUUGAUAUUUGCUAGGGAGACAAAGGGUUGCUGGGAAUAAAGCCUCAAAUGACCUCUGAUUAACUGCUAAAUUCUCCUUCUAAUUUUCCUUGUAUAUGCUCAUCAAUUAAAGGAAGAAUUUGACAGUUUGACAUUAGUACCUUAUUCCACAGACAGUUCUAUUUUGUGAAUCUAUGUGACUGGUAUGACUAAUAUAACUAACUACGUCACCAGCCAGUGACCAGAGGUUUCAUUUAUCAUUUGUUUCAUAUCUCGACACGGCCCUUUAGUCAUGCAAUAUCCUAUGUACACUUCAUUAGCUGAAAAGAAAAUUUUGUCUUCAUUUGGGUAGAAUAAGAAGUUCGGCUGUGGAAGAGGAAUUUAACUUUACUGAUAGCACCUACCAGGAACAACUACCUGCACAUGCAAGAUCUACAGCAGCAAUGGUAAGUUGAGCAACGAUCGUGUCUUAAGUUUAUGCCAAUUCUUAUUAGUUUGAUUUAUGUACUCUAAAUUUUUCUAAAAAUAUAUCUACCAGGAAAAUAUCACAACAUGGGCAUUUUGCAUGCUUUGUGUACAUAUGCAGAAUGCUUACAUGAUCAGUGGUAGUGCUUGAAAAACAUUGGACAUUUUGUAUACGAGAUAGACUCUUACUUGUACAUUGCCAAAUAAGCACGCAGGACCUUUUAAGAAUGCCCAUGAAAUGGGAUCCUUAACAAUUCCCCAACGGCACAAGUUAUGAAACCGUGUUGUUGGUGCCCUACAACAAUUCCAAUAUCGCCUUACUCUGCAGUUGUCCUCAAAGAGCUUACAGUUUGACUGUCAUAAGUUUGACUUCUCCUAUUUUAUGAUAAUUGUUAUUUUUUGUAAUAAUUCUCUAACAUCUUCAUUUUAGGCAAUCAAAAAUAAUAUUGCAAGUACCGAGUUGACAACUGAUCCUGAUCGAAUUCUUUGUAGACAGAAGGUAGGAAUAUUUUUGUACUGUAAAAUUUGGUUAUUAUUCCUGAGUCUUAUGUGCAAGCAGGCACUCAGACUAGCUUGGAAGAGCCUCUCCUUUUUCACUGUAAUAACAAGUUUUCUUUUUGUUAUUAGGCCCAGGCUAUCAUAAACACGCAUUUAGAACACAGAAGACAAGAAAGAGUAGAGGACCCGCGUAAGUAAAAGAAACCUUAGUAUAGAACUUUCCGGGUAUGUAAAUGGAACAGGAACUAAUUAUGUUCAUUAUUUAACAGGUCGAUUUGGUAUUCGUCCAACACUUGGCCAGUUAUGUCCAAGGAAAGUUCCUCCGCCAAACUACGAAGAAGGGAUCUUAAAUAGGCACCAAACAGAUGUAGCCGGACAAAACGGUUAGUGAAGAAUCCAUGUAUUAUCAUGAUAGAAUUAGUAGUAUAAUUGUAAGUUCUUUCAUUCUGUGCGAGUUUGUUUGUCAAACCAGAUUUACACCUUCUCACUUGGAUUCUGAACGACAACGGUUUCUCCCAUAUAGACUCUGGUCACAGGCUUUUCCUUAUUUAUAUGAUGAAUAAGUGAACAGGAACAGAACGCAAGUGACUCGUUAUCGCAGUUAUCCCUAAAAAAGAGAAGUUGUGAACAGUCUAUGGGAGAGAAAAAGAGAAAUUGUGAACAAUGUAUGCGCUUACUCGUUUUUUUUAAAAAAUAAAGAUUUGCUGACAAAUCUUUGAGAGACAGUUUAAUCCUGAACACCACUCCCUACCAUUGGUCACAGUCUCAAACGUUACAACUAUACAUAUAUGACGUUUCAUGACGAGAGUCAUUCGUGACUCCGGGAUUAGAAAGGUUCAGAGCUCUGCACAGCAUAAACCACGAGACUCAUGUGAAUCUGAUUGGAACCAUGAAACACAGAGCCCGUAAUAGGAAGCUUACGUAACCACGACGAGGACGACAGCCACAAUGUCAAAAACAAAAAAAACAAUUGGGUUAACGAAAAAAAACAGCAGCUCUGUACGCGCAUCACGCUUUUAAAGUACAUUUCUUUGGCGUCUAGGCUUCACGACUACGACGUGAAGCCUCCUAAUGCAACGUUUUAUAUAGGACGUGAACAGAGGACGACGAAUUGUCCUGUCUCUUUUUGAGCUUGGAUAAAGUCCUUAAGGAUUCAACUCCAGGAAAAUCGCCUACAUCAUUUGUCAAAUUUGGCGGGUUCAAAUAGACGCGACAAAGUGUAAAAGGAUGCAAAUUCAUAUUUUUAGCAACGUCUUCACUGUCGUCGUUGUCGUCGUUGGUUAAGCUCCCUAAUGCAGGCAAAGUGGUAUCUCUUUGAUCAUUUUUUCGACUGUUAUUUCUCGGAUCUUCAGUUUGCCAGAAGUGGUUGAAAUAUUUAUUAAUUUAUUUGUUUAUUUGUUAUUUUCAGACGGAGAAGUUGAUAGUAACCCAGCUCAAUACCGAGAAAUACAAGUCAAUCAGCUGUCCGAAGCAAGUGAAGCCCCUGGCUUUUUGCCGCCAAUACAAACCACCGGAAUGUACUCCAUGGUUCACUAAUCAACAUUGAUUUGUAUUUCAAAAUUAUAUGAGUAAUUAUCCACGACAUUAUAGAGCCCUGUUAUUACAACUACUGCGGAGAUAUUUUUACGUUGCGUUUUAGGCAAUUUAUCGAUCAUUAUAGAACGUUUUACGCGAGAAGAUUUAAAUAAUGUUUUGUCAUCUCUCUUUAACUGGACAGUGCUAAAUGAUUUUUCCUACGUGUUUCACAACCCCGACGUUUUCUGGCUUUCUGCAUCAAGUAUUUUUUUUGAAAACACUACUUUAAAAUCAAACGAUCCUGUAAGAUAGGAAGGGAUUUGCUGGUUAUAGCGCCAGAUGAACGUGGAAAUGGCUGAUGAAACUCCGAUUCGGAUUCAUAUUGGAGUUCAAAACGAGAUGGGAAGACAGAGGCGAGGAACUACAAAGGACAGGUCCCGAGAUAUUCUUCAGAAAUCACUAAUAAAAGGAAACAGGGAUUUUAUUUAAAAGGACGACGGAGAUUUUGGUCUUUGACCACAGAAGACUAUUUUAAGGGAUUAUAGAUAUUUAAUGUAGGCAUCUUGUAAAUAAAAUGCUGCAACACAGUAUCCAGAAGCGCAA